AGACCGACCGCAAACUACAAACAUGUACAAGCUGAUUCUCCUGCCUCUCUUCUUCGCCGCCGUUUCGGCUGGCUACCUGGGCGCUCCAGCAGUCGCUACAUACGCUGCCGGCCCCGUGGCCUAAAAACUGCCCCUGCAGCAUAUGCCGCCCCUGCAGCAUACGCCGCCCAUGCAGCAUAUGCCGCCCCCGUAGCCUAUGCCGCUGCCCCAGCUGUAGUCAAGACCGCCGUCGCCGCCCCCCUCGCUACAUCCUACGCCAACACCUACAAGGUUUCCCUCAACGCCCCAGUAGCUUACGCCGCCCCUGCCGCUUAUGCAGCCCCCGCUGUGGUUAAGUCUGCGGUUAUUGGAGCCGCCCCAGUGGCUUAUGCUGCACCUGCCGCUUAUGCCGCCCCAGCUCUGGUCAAGUCUGCAGUUGUUGGUGCCGCCCCCUUCGGAUACGCCGCUCCCCUUGGUUAUGCGGCCCCCUACGGUUAUGGAUACGCUCAUAUCCUUCUACCUCUCUUCUUCGCCGCCGCAUCAGCCGGCUACCUGGGUGCCCCUGCUGUGGCCACCUACGCUGCCGCCCCCGUGGCCAUCGCCGCCCCCGUUGCCGUAAAAGCUGUAGCACCAGUUGCCACUUCAUACGCUAACAUCCACAGGGUCGACAUUGCCACCCCCGUCGUCAAGACUGUAGCCGCCCCCGUCGCUUAUGCUGCCCCCGUCGCUUAUGCUGCCCCCGUCUCUUAUGCCGCCCCCGCCCUCGUCAAGGGACCCAUAGCCGUUGCAGGUCCCGCCAUACACGCUGCUCCAUUGGCUUAUGCUUCAUAUGGAUACCAUCACUAAGAAUGGAAUUGUCUGGAGGGCAUUGUCACUGUCGUCUAUUUAAUGUUACAUCAGCAUUUGACAUGGAAAUAAAUUAAGCAUUUGUACAAAAUA